UUGAAGUUUAACCUUUUAGGGAAGAGUACUACUAGAUAUCGGGGCACUGCUCGAGAUCCACCGAUAAUUCAACGAUUUGAACGAUCAAGUCGUCGACAACGUCCUCCAACACUUGAUGAAGCAAUUGCAGCACAGGAUGCAAGGAGAGCUGCUGCCAUAAUGGAGAACUAUCAAAGUGAUAUGGACGACAGCUACAGCAAUUCUGAAAGUUCGUCUGAAGAAGCUAGCUCUGACUCUGACACUAGCGAUUCAGACUUUUCUGGCAUUGAAACUACUAUAACUACGGCAUCUGGUCGGCGUGUACAACGACCCCAGCGCAUAGAUGGGAACAUGCCGGAAGAAGGUCGGAGAAGGGAAGCUCGUCGUCAAAUUAGAAUUGCUGAUAAUGUUGAGUCUUCUGCUGCUGAAUUGAAAUUGCCUGAAGAGGACGACAUGGAAGCACCUGGUCCAUCAACUUCUGAAUCUUUUACGAAAAGGCCACCUCGCCCACGUCAGAAGAAAGAGAGUUUUCUCGAUUCCUUUCCUGAUUGGAUGCGUAUGACAGAACCGCGUCGAUUCCCUUACAUUGCCCAGCUGGGUGAUCAUGUAGUGUACUUUCGCCAAGGGCACGAAUCUUACUUGGAAAGAGUUGAAGCGCUAAAUUUAUACCCUAUCAGUUCUAAAAUGAGGCCAAAGCCAUCACUCGCUGCAGAAGAAUUUGGCAUUGUUGAAGAAGUGCGCUACGUACGAAAACCAUACCGAUUAACGGUAGUGCGACUGGCGCAGACAGACGGCGAAGGACAACGGACUGGUGCUUCUUGGACCACAUCUAAGCAGUUUAGAUUCCACGACCUAGCAAAUGUGCCAGAUUUUAUCAUACUGAAAGAGCACUAUGACGCUUCAGUUGCGCAGAAUGUUCAGGAGGGAGACAGGAUUGAGUCCAUACUUGAUGGGCAGUGGUGGACGGGUACAGUGAACAGGAAGGAGCCCAAAUCUGAGGAAUUUCCAAGGUGUGAUAUAAGCUAA